CUUCUUUCAGGCAUCCAGGUUUGUCUGAAAAUGUUUGUCAGCAGUCCUCAUCAUAGACACAGUAGGAGGGGCGGGGCCUAGUGAAGCUGGGAUCAGUUUCAGGGACUUCCUGCAACUACUGAGUUGUUUACUUUUCGUGUUUAAUGAGCUUCCUUCCCUGCAGAAUGAAAUGUUUCACCCCAGCCCCUUAGAACACUUUUUACCUCCCUUUCACAUCACGUGUCUCAAGGAGCUUCGCUCCAAGAAGGAAAGUCUUAAUCUUGGAGAAAACUGAUACACAACAGGUGUGCAGAGUGAAAACAAGAGAGAAGCUAAUACUUGGGAUCGCACUGGUUUAAAAACAUUUAGUUGCACAUUUAGUGUGCAACGCUGCUCAUGUUUAGUUUUUUUCUAGGAAAAAAUAAUCAUGUAAAUUUUAGAAGUGAGGGACACAAAGAAGUAUUUUUUUAGGAAAGCAAAUAGAUGAAUUAAUGUGGGAUUUGUGUCUAAAAUAUCACUAUCAUCAGCAUGUCAGUGGAAAUAAGAAAAUGAAAAAGAAAAGCAAAUACAAUAAUCAUCUGCUUGCUAGAAAAGAACCAUGUACAUGUUCAUAUUUCAUAAAUUCCUCAUGUAACAUAGAGACAAUCCAGGGAGUUGAAGUAUGUCGGCUUCACUCAUUUGUGUUUCUCAAAAUGAAUUUCCCUAGUUCUCAUCAUGAAGUCAAAAGAUGAUCUGGAGUGAUCUCAUCCAGCAAGUAAUCUUCCUUUCUCUUAUUGGACUUGGAAUUUUAGGAAACAUCCUUUUAUUUAUGAGACAUGUACAUAUGUUUAUCAUGGGUUCUGAGAAAAAACCGAUAGACCUUAUCUUCACUCAUCUGGCGAUUUCAAACAUAAUCAUUCUUUAUACUUCAGGGAUCAAAUACAUAACCACAGGCCUUCAUUUCAAAAAUGUUCUGGGUGACGCAGGUUGUAAAACUUUGGUUUAUCUGGGAAGGGUGUCUCGGGGCCUCUCCAUCUGCACUACCUGUCUCCUCAGCGUGGUCCAGGCUGCCACCAUCAGUCCCAGGACUUCCUUGUGGAGAAAGCUCAAACCACAGAGCUCAAGGCAAGUUCUUCCCUUUCUCCUCCUCCUUUGGAUCUUUAAUGUUCCCAUAAGCUCCAACUUGCUUUAUCACAUCACAGCAGGCAGCAGUCUGAACAGAUCUAGAGCUGGGCUAUACAGUGAGUAUUGCUAUAUGCUGCCAUCCGGGUAUACAGUUAAAUGGCUUUUUCUGUCUCUCAUGGCUCUUCGUGAUGUCAUCUUUCAAAGUCUCAUGGGCUGGAGCAGUGGGUCCAUGGCUCUCUAUCUGUAUAGACAUCACAAGCGUGUCCUCUACCUUCACAGCUCCAGGCUUGCAAAUAGGGCCAGCCCAGAAGUCAGAGCUACAUGGAGUGUUCUCGUUCUUAUGACCUGCUUCCUCCUCUAUUACUUGGGAGAUUUCAUUUCCUCCUUCUACAUUGGGUCUGUCUUCACCCUUGAUUCCAUAAUGCUAAAUGCUAAGUUGUUUCUGGGAGUUGGCUAUGCUGCUCUCAGCCCCUUUAUCCUGAUGAUAAAGGGUUUCCACUUGGCUAGCUGCUGGCAUGCUCACUGA